CAACAACAACCAAGAGGGAAAAAAAGACAGCAGUUCAGGUAAAUUUCCGCCCUUGUUCAGCAUCACCAGUUGCCACCUGCAACUGUAAAACUGUGAUACAGUCAGGGGAUGAUGUCAUUGUAUUUAAUUCUUGUGAUGCCAAACAAAACCGUCUACGGUCCGAUGCUGCAGCUCUGAAUGUCCAGGUUAUUCAAAAUGGGGAGCUAACUCCUGGAACUAAGAUAAAACAACUUGGUGGAGGUCAACAGUAUGAUGUUCUUCUACCAACAGGAACUGUUGUGUCUGUGAUGCCAAGCAUGUACACCUUCAUGAACAUUUUUAUUACAGCUUCACCAUCUGACUUUAAUGAGACAGAAGGUCUAUGUGGUAAUUUUAAUGGUAGAACAGAUGCUGAUAUGGGCAAUUUGAAUGAAGACACAUUUAACUUGCAUUGGAGAGCCAGUACAACCAUCUACUGUGGUGUACCAGCGGUACCAGCACAACAAGAUCCUGAACCAGCAACAUACAGUAGCUGUACUCAAGGCUUUACACCCAUCUCUAAGCCUGGAUUGGAUGUUCCUAGAUGCUCAUCUGAUAAUAAUGAUAUAACAAGUGCUCUUAAGCUCCAAUCCAUGACUAGUAGCAGUUGUACCUCAGAAGCUUCUAGGGAAAAAAGACAAGCUGCUAUCUCUUCUGUUUGGACCACAUUUGCAGAAGCCGAGAGAAACUGUUCAGAUUAUUUGAAGAACAGUAGGACAGUCAAAGCCUGCACAAAUCAACUUUCAGAUGACAGAGUUAAGGAGAGUAUAACCAACUGUGCUUUUGAUCUGGUGAGCACAGGACUGUUUGGUUGGGCUGUGUCACAUGUAAGCAACCUGGCAGAGGAGUGUAUCACACGAGCUGAACAUAACCAAAGUUCAUGGACAGGUGAAGGUGACACACCCGGUGAACCUGUACUUCCUCAAGCCAUUGUCACCCAGCUGUGUGUCAGGGACUGUGGGGACAACGGACAUUGCCUCAACUCGUUUUGUAAAUGUGAGAAUGGCUAUUUUGGUGAAAGUUGCCAGUUUGGACCAGAUACUCUACCAUAUAUUUUUGGAGCAGAAAAAGCUUGUGACAUAGAAGAAACAAAUUGUGAGACUGUUACUAUCUGGAGAUUACUUCAGCUCAUCAUACAAAUUCUCAUGCAAAUUAAACUUUGCCUCAAUUGACACAACAGCAAGAAAAACAGAGAGCAGUGCUGUAGUGAGAGCAGAGUACAUCAGCAUGUACCAAGUUGGAUGUACACUCCCUACACGACGCAGCGCCUACAUCACCGUCACAAAUGAUGGCGUCCGUCAGAGUGAAAAUGUUUACCUUCAUGUUGUCCACAACUCCAGCUGUCAGACGUGUGUCAUCAAUGACAACAAAACUGAUGUGCAUUGUACUGUAACAAACAGCACAUGUGCAAUAGAUGGACAAUGUUAUUUUCAAAAUGAAAAAGACCCUGAUGAUUCUUGUAACAUCUGUGUUGCCAACAGUAAUGUACACAUAUGGACUAGAAAAACUGAUUGCAGUGACAGUCUUUCUAAAACAGCAAUCAUCCUGAUCACAGUGUUCACAGUUCUGAUUGUUUUGGCUGUAGUCAUUGUUGUGUACUACGUUUAUAGGAAAAAGAAAUGUUUCACAUGGAGCACAGAGACAACUGCUGUAAGUGAUCAGUACGUGAAGGUCUCACUCAAAGACACAGAGGCCUCUGAAGAAAAGAUUUAAAACAUAUAGGGUCUCACAUACCAGAGCUAGGCAUUCAGAAACCUGUUCACUAGAACGUAACACACUAAAUAAAGCAGCUUGGUACAUUCUCAUCAAUCACCUACAAACAAUUCAUUGACAUUUCUGAUAGCAAUUAUCAGAAUCCAUAAAUUACAUACUCAUUUAUAAAUCUAAAAAUAACCUUGAUAUUGUCUUGAAUGUAAAUUGUCUUUCUUAUGGACUAGUCUUUUUUUAAACAGAGAUUAUGUAUUUAGGUUGUAUUUUUUUGUUUGUAUUUUUUUAAUGUUUACUGCACUCAGUUUGAAUCUUUGACUUUAGUGAUGAGUAUAGCUACAUGGGUUUUUGGUAUUUGUGGGCUGUUAUUACAUUAUACAUCCUUUUAUACAACAAUAUAUAUUGCUUUAUUGUUAUAAAAUCCCAUAUUUAAACAAUGCCUUAAUUCAAUUUAAUAUUUUUAUUUGUGGGACUGUAAAAUGGCUAACUUGAAUGUUUACUGGAGAUUUAUUUCUGGUAAAAUAAAUGCUUUCAAAGAUUGUUAUUUAGUGGAAAUCUACGAAAAAACUUAACGCGUUGAACUAUUCUAAAACAUUCCUCUAUUUACCUUUGUGAUCAACAUUAUGCUGUUUAUUUUAAAAUCUAAACUUUUUACAUUUAAUUUUAAAAUAUAUUGUUAUAUUAAACUUUGCCCACAUUUAAUAUAAUAAUUUUACAUGUGAUAAAUUGUUGUGGCUUGGUAUGUUACAUGUUUUUUCUCAACUUUCAGUGUUUUUAA